CAAGUGAAGUCCUACGUGAUGCGGACGCUGCAACCAACCGGCUCCCUGCGUCCUGCUCUGCAGCUGCUGACCCCUUCUCCCGCCUCCGAAGGAAAACGGGCGGGCAACCUUCUCGUCCCUUCCAAAAUCCCGAGUUUCCCCCCGAUUUCGACCCUCCGUUUUCCCCCCGCUUCCUUCUCUGCUCCACCGCCUCAGGAAUAUAGAUAGUCGGAGAAAAAAAAAACUGAGAGAGAAAGAGAGAGGAGGAGGAGGCAGGGGAGUGGAGGGGAGGGGAAGCAUCGCAAUUCCGAACCCCCACCUCGCCGCUCCCACCACCGCGGCCGGGUUGCGUCCGUUUCGAUUGCCCAGGAUGAGCACCGAGUCCGGGGAGCUGCUCGGGAUCGACCCCGUCGAGCUCCGGUUCCCAUUCGAAUUAAAUAAGCAGAUCUCCUGCACGCUGCAGCUGACGAACAAGACAGACAAGCAGGUCGCGUUCAAGGUGAAGACGACAAGCCCGAAAAAGUACUGCGUUCGCCCAAACAACGGCAUGGUGGCGCCCCGGUCCAAGGCUGACGUUGUUGUUACGAUGCAAGCGCAGCGGGACGUGCCACCGGACAUGCAAUGCAAGGACAAGUUCCUUGUGCAGAGCGCCACUGUCGCCAAGGAGGUCGUGCCAAAGGAGGUCACUGGAGACAUGUUUACCAAAGAUUCAGGCAAUGUAGUGGAAGAAGUGAAGUUGAAGGUAGUUUAUGUAGCACCAUCGUCCUCUCAAAGCGAAAGAUUUGAGGAUGGUAAUCUCGGCAGUUUGAGUUAUCAAGAGGAAACAAAGGAACCUAAAGAAUCAGAAAAAAUAAUCACUGAGCCAUUUGCUUUGAUUUCGAAACUGAUGGAGGAGAAGAAUUCUGCUAUUGAACUGAACAACAAGGUUCGACAAGAAUUGGAUUUUCUAAGGCGAGACAUCAGCAGGCGGCAUGGUGGUUUCUCAUUAGUUUUAGUACUGGUGGUUGCUAUUCUGGGAAUACUGCUAGGGUUCCUCAUGAAGAGAUGAGUGUAUGUAAUGAUUUAUCUUGUUUGGCCUUUUCUGAACUAAACAAAAUUGUAUGUGCUCUGUGUGCUUGCUGUUGUACAACUCAGUGAUCUGUUAAUCAUAGUAUCUGAGGCCUAUUGUAAUUUU